GAUUAGUUACAGCCCUAAUCAACAACGUAUCCUCCUCAACUGAUUUCCUAGUUUGAAUAGUUUCUAAUUGGAAACCAAACUCACCUCAAAACCCUCCCAUAAAAUCCUUUGAUUCCUUUGUUUUCCACUGUAUCAAACCCACAUCAGUCCCUCCAUCAAAUAGAAUUCUCACGGCCCAACCAGUGAAAUCAGAUUUUUCACAGCAAGCCAGCCCUUCCAGCAUACCGUAGCCUUCCUCUUAGCAACCAAGCAGCCACCUCAUCGGAAACCACCACAGAGCACGCGGUUAGCCCUCCUUCCUCCACGACGUACGUCGACGCUCUAAACCUCUCUCAGUCGCUCUCUCUCCACUGUUAAAAACCAAACAGCACCUGUGUUUUCGCUCAGCCCACCGUCGACCUCAGAGGACGUCGGAGCACCACCCGGGCGGCCCAGAACCCGCAGACCAGGCACCCACUGCCACCUCGAGCCAUUCCCGCUUUUUCCGCCGGUCACUCCGUCGGCUUCGACCCACCACCACCUUCGCAUCCAGCCUCCUCGCUCGGUCACGAGUUACGACGUAAGGUUGUAGAAACAGUGUUAAGAGGUAAGUAGUAUGAUCAUAACUUUAUGUGUGCUGUAAAUGUUCAGUUUUGUGCAUGAAAAAUGUGAUGUUUACCUACGCUACGAUACAAGCCAAUUCAAGGUUAGCCCCUUUUCACGAACCUCUAUGAAUUAUAAUGAUAUACUUGUAAAUGAUGUAUGCUAUGAUGAUAUGGAUUGUUGUUAUAUAAAUGAGAUGUUAUGAAAAUCACAUGUAUGCCAUGUAGUGUUCAUGUAAUGUUUAGAUCAUGUUAUACUAUGUUUGUGUAUGUUAUGUUGCGUAAGGCUCAUGUUGAUAUGCCAUGUUCAAUGUUAUGCCAUGCACAAGAGUAUGUUAUGCCUUGUAAUUUCAUGAAGUCAAAUGUGUGCAAAUGCAUUAUGAAAGUUAAUAAGAGAACACAUGAAUGACAAGUAAGCUUUAAGAUUGGCAUUUAGUUAUGGCUGGAUGUGCAAGCCACGGAUUCAAGCGUGGUCCACCACAUGAAAGAUACGAUGUUAGGUGGUGAUAGGAACCCAAGCGUGUUCACCAUAGGUUAUGAUAUGUUAUAUGGUGCCACAAACUCAAGUGUGGUUCACCAUAUGAUGAGUGAUAACAUGGACCUAAGCGUGUUUCACUGCAUGUUAUAGUAUGAUAGACGGUGCCAUGGACUCAAGUGUGGUUCACCAUAUGUUAUGUGACACUACGGACCCAAACAUGUUUCACUGCAUGCUAUGAUAAGUGAUACGGUGCCACGGACUCAAGCGUGGUUACCCUAUGCUAUGAUAUAUUAUGUACAGUCAAUGACAAUUGGACCAAUGCACACAUGUUAUGAUGGCCACUAUGUAAGUGAAAGACAAGAUGAAUAAGAUACGUACGAAUAAUAGGAAAUGCAUAGAAUCAGUCAUUCAUGCAUCCACGUUACAUGUAUUGCCAUGAUUAUGUAUCAUUCCACUUAUGUUACUAAUGAAUGAUAUGUAUGUUAUGAUAUAUGUAAGCUUUCAAAGUUAAGCUUAAUGUUAAAUUACGUUUACAGUAUGAUGUGCUAUUACUGAGUCUUCUACUCGUUUGUUUAUCUGUUUUUAUGUUUUUAAUGUCCCAAAUGAUGAUUUCAUUGAUACAAAGCAGGAGUGCCAGGAGUAGAAUAAGUUUCCAAAGAUUUGGUGUAUGAUUUAGACAUUUAAGAGCUGUUGGUUUCACAUAGAAUUAGUUUAUGCCUUUUCAUUAUGUUUUCAGCUUUAUGUUAGCAAAGACAGUUUAUUUUUAAGUUAAUUGAUUAUUCAAUAAAUGAGGUAUUUUGUCAUGACUUCAAAUCUCUUCAUCGAGCAUCACGUUAUGAAUGUUUGUAAUAUUCCCGAUCUACAGGAAGGGGUGUUACAUUGUUUUGAGUGCACUUACUUUGGUGACAAUGAUUUAUGUGCUACUUGGUUAACUGCAAACAUGCACAACCUUGCCACGGGGGUAAACAUGGCCUUUGUUUUUGAUGUUGUAUCAGUUAUGCUUGUGCCUAAGGUCUUUUGUAUAUAUUAUUAUUGUAAUGAAGUGCUUCUGAAAACACUACCGCUAUUAUUGAGACUGUUUGUUUUUGCAUUUUGUAAUUGGCUCACAUUUACAUACUAGUAUAGGUUCACUGUUUACUGAGUAGGUAGACUCAUCCGUUUAUCUCCAUUUUUUUAGGUGAAUUUGAUGGUUGUGGCUGUUGGAAUAGAUGGCACGUGACAUGAUUAUAACAAAAAUGUGAGAUAAGUGCCAAGUGGCAUAAGUAGAUUUCUGAGAUUUCAAAAAAUAUGUUUAAAGGAGUCACCAUCGGGGCAUGAUAGUCGUCGUUGGAUACAUAGGCAAAAACCAAACUUUUUAAAAUUCUUCCUCCUCAUCAUUUCUAUAAAGUUCUUCCCGAAUCAAUCUCUCCAAUGCUAACAAUGGAUUGCUCAUCAGAGUGGAAGUCCCUCUUCCCGGUCUCCGCAGGCUCUACUCCUCCUCUCCUCAUCUCAGGCCCUUCAUCUAGACAAGCUCUGGGUCCACUAUUUUUCAACCCAAAGCCCCAAACCCUAACACACCUUUUCUCCUCCCAGUCUCUUUUGCCUCACUCUCUCUCUCCUCCUCCCCACCUCUCUCUUCCUAGAUUCCUCCUCACCUCGUCCAUCCCCCCUUCCACUUCCUCCUCCAUCUCCUUCCACGUCGGGCACCACAUUGCCCAUCAAAAUGACACCGCUUCUCACCUCCUUCACAAUCGCCUUGCCUUCCUUCAGCAACCCAAUUCCAAGUCUGUCGUUGUUUUCUUCCCUACUGGUGUCAAUUCCGAGCAAGUCGGAUUCUUGAUAUUAUCGUUGGAUGGUUUGGGUUCCAGUUUUGACGUUCGGGUCGAUAAGAAGGGUGGCAUCUUUAGGGAAAAGAUUGGGUUCGAGUACCAGAUUAACAAUAUCUCGGUGAACCCCAUGGUUGAAUCAGGUUUUGGGUCUACAAGUUGGCCAUGUAAUUUGAAUUCCUUUGCUAUUGUUGGGUAUUUGAUGGCUUCUACAUUGUACUCUGUGCAUUGGUUUGCUGUGAAGGUUAAAGAAAUUUGCUUGAAUUGGGAUAGCCCGAGUUUGGUUUGCUUAGGUAGUAAGGUUUUCAAGAGUUGCUCUGUUGUUUGUGCUUGUUGGAGUCCGCAUAUGCCAAUGGAGAGUGUGGUUUUGUUGGAGAGUGGCUCAUUGUUCUUGUUCGAUUUGGAGUCUUGUUUGAAAAGUGUUGCCCCACGUGUGCGUUUUAGAGGGACUAGGUUGCGAGUUUCUUGGGAUGAUGAGUCGGGUACUUCCGGGAGUCGGAAAUGGUUGGGUUGUGAGUUCAGUUGGCAUCCUAGGAUCUUGAUUGUUGCUCGGUCCGAUGCUGUGUUUUUAGUUGAUUUGAGGCUUGAUGAAUGCGUUGUGAGCUGUUUGGCCAAAGUUGAGAUGUUAAGUAUGUAUGCAUCGGUUAAAAAUGAAAGGUUCCUUAGUUUUAUGAUUGCAGGUUCUGAUGGCUUUCAUUUUGCAUUGGCUUCACAUAGUUUGUUGCUUCUUUGUGAUGUGCGGAAACCGAUGAUGCCGGUGUUGCAAUGGGCUCAUGGUCUGGAUAAACCGUGCUACAUUGACGUGUUUCGAUUGUCUGAAUUGAGAUCAAACUCAAGGAAUGAAACGUAUCAGUGGGCUUCUGAAUCAGGUUUUUGCAUUAUAUUAGGAUCCUUUUGGAAUUGUGAGUUUAAUCUCUUUUGCUAUGGACCUGCUUUACCAGCCCCACGAGGAACCAUUGCAUCUGAAAUUUUAGAAUUUUCAAAAACCAUUUAUGCAUGGGAGCUCCCUACGGACCUGUUAUUGUCUGGUCAUGAAUGCAGAUGUGGAAGUUGUCUUGUAAGGGAGGAGAUUUUCAAGGAUGAUCUUCCUGAAUGGAUUGAUUGGCAGCAAAAGAAAGAGAUAGUUUUGGGCUUUGGCAUCCUAAACAAAGGUCUAUCUGCACAGCUUGCCGAGUCUGAUGAAUUUGGUAGUUUUACACUGAUAAGGCUCAUGUCUUCAGGGAAACUCGAAUCACAAAGAUACUGUGCGUCAUGGGAUUCUGUGAAGAAGUUGAAACAAUUUCACAAAGAAUUUCUGCAAUUUGAAGAUAAUUUCCUCUUUACCAAGGAAGAUGGGGAAUAUAGAUUUCCCAGAAGAUAUAAGUACUUGAACUUUGAUAACCUAUCAGCAUAUUUGAAUGGCAACCUUACUGAAAUCCUGGAUUCGAAAAUUAAAAAUCAUUGCAAGGGUCGUCAAGAGAAGGAAUCCUUUAGUACAGAAGCUCAUGAAAUCUUAUGUGAGAAGUUGAAGGCUUGUGGCUUUGGUCGAUUGAGAUCGUCUCCCGCAGUUGCAGUUGCUUUUGAUGACAUAAGCUUGCCAGCGAGCAUACACGAGGUUGCUUUGAGGAGACUAUGGGCAGGCCUGCCAAUAGAACUUUUGCAACUGGCCUAUUCCAACUACCCCGAGUUCCUUGAAGUACUAGUAGACCAAAAAAAGGUAGCUUUGGAAUUUCUAGUUGUUCCAGACCUACCUCAAUUGCCUCCUUUCUUUUUAAGAAAGCCUUCACGCCGAAGCAAUAAAUGGUCACAGAAAGUGCAGCGAGACGAUGCUCUUGUGGGUCCAGUACUUCCUCUUCCGAUUCUACUUGCACUUCACGAGUAUCGUAAUGGCUACUCAGAUUUGGAAGGAAUGGAUGGAUUUUCUUUAGAGAAGGAAUUUAGACUGAGAUGCGAUGAAGUCAAGCAGGUGGCCAGUGAAUUGGCUGUGCCAGAUUCUGGUUGUGAGCUUCGUGAUGAUGGUGCUGUCUCCCUUGCCGAUGACAGAGAAGAGACGUGGGGCAGCUCUGAAAAACAGAAACCUUUCUGUUUCUAUACUCCGGUUGCAUUUAAAUACUCUACCAUGGAUUACACAAUGUGCAAUACCUUCAGUGAUAAGAAUUUUGAUGUCCUGAUUUUUAAAGUUCCUGAGAAGAAGCAUGUUCCUUCCGAAAAAAUGGAAACUGGUGGGCCCAAACUGUUUGAUGAUCUGUGCCCCACCGAGCUGAGGUUUGAUGCUUGGGUCAAGAACUCUGGGCAAAAUGAAUUGAAGGCAUACAAUAUUUUGAAGAGGCAAUGGUGCAAAUGGCAAGAUGAUUUUAGUUUAUAUAAGGAAUUUUGCUCUCUGACCAAAUUCCGAAAGCAAUCUACCCGAUUCUUUUAGUUUCAGCACUUACACUGCUUGCUUUGGUAUCACUUGAUGAAACUUGUGAAUCAGAAGUGCUACUUGAAUUAGAGUCGCAAUGGUGCUGCCCAUAAACCUUGUCCAUCUGAUCAAUCAGCGACUGCCGAGGUUUGACAGAGACUUAUAUCAGGAAAGUGAUGUGUUGCCACAUGGGAAGAAUAUUUCUGGUGUUGCUUGGAAUUGCAGGGACAAGUCUCUGAAUACAAAUAUACAAAUCCUGGCUAGUCAUAACUCUCCACUGUGUGAUAUAGAUUGGAAUGUAAGGCUUUUGAUCAAGUUCUCCUUUUCCAUAGGAUGUAUUAAACUAUGAGGAGUUUAUGAGACACUUGACGAAUGAAGAGCAACAAAGAUUACUGAAGUAUCUAUCUCCAGUUGAUGCUGUUACAGUCCCUGAUAGCCUCAAAAGUAUGUUUGAUAGUCCUCAAUUCAAGGAUAACUUAAUUUACUUUCGACAACUGCUUGUGGAAGGGGUCUUUGACAUCUCCGUCUCCGGGGCAAAAUCUGAAGACUGCAAGACCUUGAAAAGGCUUGCAUUAUUCGAUUUGACGAAGUCCAAAUGGGUUGAAAACUAUCAGAAGUGUAAAAGUAGUACGGGUGGAUAUGUUGUUUCUGGAUCCAAUACCACUGCCUCAAGUAUUUUAACAAAUGUCAAGAGGUUGCGUGACAGCCCAAGUCAGAAUCCUGCAGAAUUUAAGACCAUGUUGAAAUGCCCGAAGAGGGUGGUCAUGAAGGCUAGCUACGAGACCAAGGAAGUGAUAGACAAUGAUGGUUCUUGCUUUAGUCCAAGAAGCCUAUCUGCUUUGCCCACCGAUGGUGGCUCCCUCAUGCUGGAUUCUUUUCAUUUUGUUGAAGAAAAUUCUGAUCAGGAUCUGCUCCUAGAUGUGCCAUCCAAUGGCUCUUUUCCACAGGCAGAGCUCCUUCAACCUGCUGUAAGUUUUGGUGCCCAGCAGGCAAGCACUUGUAGUAGCUCAAUAUACCCACAUCUUGUAACUCGCUGACUGUAAAUGCUUUCUAAUCACUAGGGCUAUUGUAGGUAUGCCUUUGAAAACUUUGACUGGGGUUCAAAUAUUUUGAUGGUAAACAGGAAAGUCUGUGAAUGAGGUUUGUUGCUUGAUCUUUCUCCCUAUUUACCUUUUUGAACUCGGAAUGCUAAGGGAAGAAUUUUGUGGGCCUUUUUGUAUAGGUUACGUUAGAUUGUAAUAUAUAGUUUAUACUACAGAAGUGGUCAUUUCCGUA